AUGCCGAAUAUCACUAUGAACUUCGGUAUUUUGGGCGAACCAGUCGACAAGCGUCAAUAUGGUGGCAACAGACUCAAAUUUAUUGUGCAUUAUGAUCACACCAUUCAAAGACAUCCGUUAUUUCCUCGAUUCAAGGGUGAAGUCGUUGAACGAGCACUUGAUUUCUGGGAAAGAACGCUGAGUGUGAGAAGACCACCAAACAGAAAACUCCUUAUUCAAAGAGGAUGCGUUGAACCAUACUACUUCACAGAUGGACGCACAGGAAAGAAGUUCUGCAAACAACGAUGCAAACCUCAUGCUAAAUGCUAUGAUCACAGAGUUCCAGAUCAAUAUGCUUCCGGAUGUGCUCAAGGAACUGGUGGUCACAAUAUACGAGAUGUUUACCAAGACGGGCCAGGAUUUGCACCAAAUCAGUUUGUGAUAUUUGUGGAGGCUGCAAAUAAAGGAGCUUGUACCAGUGGGUCAACAUUGGCAUAUGCCGGUCCAUGUGAAAUGCAUCCAACAACUGAUAGACCAAUCAUGGGAGCAAUCAACUUCUGUCCAGCAAAAAUGGAAGUCGACGAACCUGGUAAAACGAUGUUAGUUGGAACAGCUAUUCAUGAAAUCGGACAUGCUUUGGGAUUUGUGAAAACUAGUUUCGCUUUAAUGCGUGAUGAAAAUGGGAAUCCAAGAACACCCAGGGACCCUAGAACAGGCAAGCCACGAAUGAAUCAAUUCAGACAUUAUGAACCAAGGUGA